GAUUAUUGGAUAUGAAAUCUGUGCUCAGAAAGGCAUUAUCUCAGUAUUACGUCAGUGGUCCGGCGGUCUUAUCGAGUAGCUCAUCCUCGAAAAAAAAUAAAAAAACCAAGUCACAUUUUAAGAAUCGUCGUUCUGGUCAGUUGAAACGCCUGCGAAACGAGCAAUAUCAAAGAAUGCACAGUCAAAGUCAGAGCUGGAAGGUUGUGGAGACAAAAGAUAGGAAAGCGAAACCGAAGACCAAAUCCAAACCAUCUGGUGUGGAAACUCCGGAUCAUCAGUUGAUGUCCAUCACCAGACAGAUUAUAAAAUCCCGACGGUCCUUAUUUGGUGGUACCCCGCAACGCGUGCAACACAAGCAAGUGGUUUCGAUCCUGUUCGCCGACGAGACGUUCCGUGAGAACAAAGAAACUGUUGAAAACAUCAUAUGUUCUUGAUAUUGUGAUCCCGUUUCAUUUUGCACAUAAAUCCACCACCCAUGA